UUUAUUUCGGUUUAGAUAAACUCGCUUCUGCCUUAGAAGAUGAACCCGAAACAGCCAUUCCAAUACUGGCAAUCGUUGGUUUCCUUUCAAUACUUUUUAUGUUUCUUGUUUUGCGAGUCCUCUUUUCUAUCUACAAGUAUCUUAAGCCAAACAAUGGCUCCACGGCACCCCCACCAAUUGAACUCAAUGAAAUUAGCUCGACGGUUCGAGAGCUCCUUAAUCGCUCCAAUCCCCCUCCAUUACGUAAUUAAAAUUAAAUUUAGAAAUAAAAGUAAUUUAAUGCCAUAUCUUUCAAGACCUAAUAGAAAGGACAUCUCUCAAUCCCUUAUUAAACAAAUAAAUUCCUAUCUCUACAUUUCCCGCAACCCUUCUAAAGACAACGUCAUGAAACAAGCUAAAAAAGGGACCCGAUCAAAUAAUCCUAAUUCUUCUUCUCUCAAUUCAAAUUCUGCUACCCCAACUACUACUGCUCCUAAUUCCAAUCCGGUCCAACCAAUUUCAUUGGAAAAUCCUCCAAAGGAGGCUCCUGUUACUUGUGGUAAUCCUAAUCCAAUGUUUCCCUUCAUUCAAUUUUCAGGUAGUGCGAUUGCGGUUGUAAUUGGAGCCCCCAGCAACGAAACAACAGAAAUGGUCACUGACGAGCCACCUCCGCCUCCGGACGAAAACGACUAUGAAUGUUUGACACCAUCUCCCAUUCCACCUGAAGAAUUGGCAGCACUCGCUCAAUCUACCGACAACAACACUAAUGGUGCCAUCAAUGAACAUACUGUGCCUCCCGACAACACUUGCGUCUAUUCUAACAACGCUUACGAUUUUGAUGGGACAACCAGCCUUAAACUCAUCUCCCGCACUCGAAUAAACAACAAAGGCAAAAUCAUCAAACUGCCACUGAAGAGUCGUAAAGGUGAAGCGCUGUGCUGGAAACAUAUGGCUUUUAAGAACAAAAUAAGACCAAUCCCUUUAAACCGUAUAUCCCACCGCUCAUAAUUAUAGAUUUGGAUUUUUUUAAUUCUUGCGGUGGCAGUGUCGCAUCUUGCGAAUUGCUUUAAAUUAAAUUAUUUCUUUAAAUUAAAUUUAUUUUCCCACAUCUUUAAAAGAUGUCCCUUAAGAUAAAAAUCCUUAUUUAAGGCUUUAUUAAACUUUCCCUGUUCGGUUCUCAAUUAAUCAUUUUUUCUACAAUUAGCCUUUCUUCUCAGCUCUUUUAGCCUUAUUCACCAAUCGAACAUAUAUAUUUGUUUAAAUAAAUAAAAGUUUGAAUUUGUUAAAGUUUGUACUAGGUUUGCUUAACUGUAGGGGUAUAUUUCGGAGAUAAAACUCUUUCUCCGACAUGCUGUUCUCUACAUAGGGAAAAAUAAUAAUAAAAGAAAAUAUAAGUUACUAGGAAAACAAAUGAGUGAAGUAGAUAGUGUUCGGGAUCUUGGUAUUAUAAUUGAUUCUAGUUUAUCAUUUUCCCAGCAUUAUGAGAAAAUUAUUAAAAAUGCUUAUUUCCUUACGCACCAGAUAUUUAGAGUAAUUAAAACUAAAGAUAUAAAUAAACUUGUAUUUUGCUACAAAACGUAUGUAAGGCCCUGUCUAGAAUAUGCAACCGAAGUAUGGAAUCCAUCCAAAGCGGAAACCUCCCACCAAAUAGAGAGAGUCCAGAAAUUCUUUACACGAAUUGCCCUUAAAAUUUGCUCCAUUACACCUAGGAACUAUGAAGAAAGAUUAAA